AGCUUGCCUCCGUGCUGAUGAGAUUGGUGUCGGUGCACAUAGCCAUAACGAUUGGUUGCUCCUGUUCAAAGCAUCCGCCCGCAGGCUUGUACGUGCAUUUUCACAAAUCACAAUAGUAGCCUAGCCAUUUGUGAAUGUAUUUAAUAGGAAAUAUAUCAGAGUUUGAAUGUUAAGUUCCUUACACAGUCAUGGAUACAGUGGAGGUUUGAAGGUAGUUUAUUGCCUUCCAAAAAUGGUAAGGAGAUCAUCGAAAUUAAUUUAUCGUUCUGAAUAUACACAGCAUGUGUCGUAAAAAACCUUCACGUUUAUCGUACUGUUACUGCGUUGAAUCUAGGGUAAACCUUGCUGUUUCUUGGAGUUGUCAAUCCUUCAGCAACAAUGAAUUAAGUAGUUUGUCGCCCCCUUUUAAAGACUCACAAAUAAUGUCAAAUAGAAACGAAAUUUCUAACUAGUACUGGAUUGCUCUGUAAUUGUUGAAAGAUGGAUGUUUUAUUGACUUUUGUCCGGAAUGAACAACUUUCUGUGAGAUCUGCGUAACAAAAUGUUAUCGUAGUCCACUACUGUGGAGAUGUAGAAGUAGCCUGCUAAUGAGACGGCCUACUGGAACAAUUUAUUGAUGUUUAAACAAUAGUUACCAAAAUGGUUGACCUUGGCGGAUAUGUAAUAAUUAUUGUCGAAACUACGGAUAAGAAAAUCAAGCUUUAUGGAUCUCCGGCGGAUCGAGCGGACCUGGAGGUCGGAGACGAGAUCUUGGAGGUGAACGGGAAGUCGCUGGAAAAUUUCACUCAUACGGAAGUAAUUUCUCAUAUCCAUCAGUGUAUACGUUCGAGGACCAUUUGUUUAAGGGUGAAGAGAAAAACUGGCAGCAAGCUUGCUCUUGAUCUUGCUCAGAACAGUAAUGUUCAAGAUGCCUUUGUCAUUGCUGUGGAGCAGCAGGCCCGUGAACGUUUGGAAAGGCUAUCAGCCCUCAAAAAGAUCAAGCCUGUUGACAUGACCAAAUUAUCUCAAGAACUGAAUGAAUGUCCCCACAGUAGUCCUGAACUAAAUGGUGUUAUUGAAAAUAAUCCAAUUUAUGUUACCUCUGUGCCUGAACUACAGAGUGCCACAUUAGAGAGAAUAAAACAGAAUAGGGUUAAUAACAAUAAACAUUUACCAGGAGACUUCAUCACCAGAGAAGAACCUUUAGGUGAUGAACAGUACCCAAGUGCCAAUGGUCAUUGCCAACCAGUGUCUUCAGAGCAGGAACUUGAAGAGCAAGACCAGGAGCCAGAAGGACAUGAUCAGGAGCUUGAAUUGAAACAAGAAAUUUUAGAAAGUAGAACAGGAGUUUCAGAAAACAAAAAACCUCAGCUAGUAAUAUUUUCUUCUGAAGAAGUAAGACAGCCUUCUACUAUUCCUCAGACGGAUGCAAAUUCUAUUGAAAAAGCGAGAAUAUUAGGAAAAGAGAAAACCUCUACUGUUUCUGUAGUUUCAGCAGCUAUAAAACCUGGGCCAUCAGAGGAAACAAAAGACAUGAUGGAGAUAGAGCGAGGACCGCAUCGAGAAAUGGCAGUAGACGUGCCAGAUUCUUUUGUAGCUGUUCGAAAAACACCACCUCGUUAUCCUCCACCCAAACCAGCGAUAAUUUCAACAGACUCGUUAAACUUUAAAAAAGGUGUGCCACCAGAGCCACCAACUCGAACAACAAGUUUUGUCCCUGUCAAAGCAAAACAACAGGAUUCAAUUUCUAAAGAUUCUAGUGGUUUAUCAAAUGUAGGUGAUGUUCAGUCUUCAUUGUAUGGAGUAGAAUUAGAUCCUGACAGUGUGAAGACUGGUAGUGUGGUGUACAAACCUCAUGUUAAUGGAAGGAUGUUAUCUCCACAGACUUCUAGGUUACAGGUGAAUGGUGUAACUGAAGUCUCAGUGGGAAAGAAUGUAGAAGACGAACGACUCGAAAGGAUACGUAAAUAUCAGGAAGAUAUUCGAAAAAGGAAAGAAGAGGAAGAAAGAAUAGCAUGUGAGGAGGAGUUUCUUAGGUCAUCUUUGAGAGGGUCAAAGAAGUUACAAGCAUUAGAAAGUAAACCUCAGCCACUUCCAAGGUCGGGGAUAAUAAACACUGCUUUUGAGCUGGAAGACGGUGACACUGGUGCUCUUCCCAUAGGGCACCAAGAGAAGGGUCUUAUAGGAGAUGUUAUUGACUUAGCAGGAGAUCAAGCAGAGCCUGAAGAACUGAAGAAACUUGUUGAUCACCAGGAGUUGCUAUCAUCAUUUAAUAGACUUCAAACAUACUUACAGAAUAGUGGCAUUGAGACCUUUGACUUGCCUUGCAUUGAAGUUUUAUUAAAUGAUGAAAAGUUUAAGAAGGUCUUGGCAUUACAUAACAAAGUUCAAGAUAUUUGUUGCUUCAACCCCCCACCUACUCCUUUCUCAUCUGAGGCCCAGUACAUCACUCAAGAUGUUAUAAACUUCUUACAAGAGUGCUCUUUGCACGAGGCUGCUGAACUACAUGACAUACUUAGUAAAUAUGAAUUUGAGGGGUUAAUGUUUGCCCACGACAAGGUUGCUGAGAACCAGUCUCUUCCAGAAGUGACUCCUGAUGAAGAGUUGCUGGAUCUUGCUUCUCAGUACACCGAAGAUAGUGUUAAAAUUGUCAGAAUCGACAAAACAAAUGAACCUUUGGGUGCUACAGUGAGAAAUGAAGGUGAGGCUGUUGUCAUAGGGAGGAUAGUAAAAGGAGGGGCAGCUGAAAAGAGUGGCCUUCUUCACGAGGGAGAUGAAAUUUUGGAAGUGAAUAGUAUUGAAAUGAGAGGAAAAUCAGUUAAUGAAGUUUGUGAUAUCCUGGCAACGAUGACAGGAACUUUGACAUUUGUGGUUGUUCCUUCUCACUAUGACUCUCAGAAACUUGCAUCCAAAGAUAAUGUCGUGCAUGUUAAAGCCCACUUCGACUACGAUCCGGAUGAUGACUUGUACAUACCUUGCCGGGAACUAGGAAUCUCUUUUCAGAAGGGCGACAUUCUACAUGUCUUGAACCAAGAUGAUCCAAACUGGUGGCAGGCAUUUCGAGAGGGAGAGGAGGACCAGAGUUUAGCUGGCCUUAUUCCAAGCAAGUCUUUUCAACAGCAACGUGAAGCCAUGAAACAGACUAUUGUUGGAGAUACAAAUAACAGAGAAAAAUCUAAGAAAGGGAAAUUCCUUUGUGCAAGAAAACACAAUAAAAAGAAAAAGAAGAAGGGGUUGUACAGUGCAAACCUUGGUGAUGAGUAUGAUAUGGACCAGAUACUCACUUAUGAAGAAGUAGCCUUGUAUUACCCUAGAGCUAAUCUUAAGAGACCUGUAGUUCUUAUCGGCCCACCGAACAUAGGACGCCAUGAACUGCGACAGAGGUUAAUGGAAGACACAGAGCGUUUUGCAGCUGCUAUACCACAUACUAGUAGACCAAAACGAGAUGGAGAAUUUGAUAAUGUGGAUUACCAUUUUAUAACAAGAGCCCAGUUUGAAGCUGAUAUACUAGCUGGAAAAUUUGUAGAACAUGGAGAAUAUGAAAGGAAUUAUUAUGGAACAAGUUUAGAUGCUAUUCGUGGAGUUGUAAACUCAGGGAAGAUCUGUGUACUCAAUCUACAUCCACAGUCACUGAAGAUACUGAAACACUCGGACCUUAAACCUUAUGUUGUCUUUGUGGCUCCACCAUCUUUAGAGAAACUAAAACAGAAUCGUGCCAAAAUGGGUGCUAGUGUUAAAGAGGAGGAACUCAAAGAUAUUAUUGAGAAGGCCCGUGAAAUGGAAGAAAAUUAUGGCCACUAUUUUGAUAUGAUCAUUAUUAAUUCAGAUAUAGACAAGGCUUACAAUGAACUUGUAAAGGAAAUCAACAUCUUAGAACGAGAACCUCAAUGGGUGCCAUCCUUUUGGCUGAAAAACGACAUGAACUGAAAGUACAAUUUAACCUUCGAGUGAGUUUGUUUUGGUGAAACUCCCAAUUGUAGAGAAAAAAUAAUUUAUGAAAAGCAAAAAUUAAGAAAGAAACGGGAAAACACAAAUAGAUAAAUUAUGACUUGAGAUACCCAUGGUUACAAUAUAUAUUUGUAUAGAUUGUUGCAUCUGAUUAUCACAGCAACAAAGAAAAAAAAAAUAUUAAAGUUUGAAACAUUUCUUUUACUUGUGAGUGUGCUUCUGCAGAACGAUUGUUGAAACAUUUUGGUUUACCUUACAAAGAUGUCAAUUGUGCCAACAGUUUGUGCAGGAGCAGGGUAAUGAUAUCCUUGAUCCCCACCUAUGUAGUUAAAAAAAAAAAUGAGAAAGCACUUGUGUUGAUAUUGAUUAUUUUGAUAUGAAAGUGUACAGAUAUCUUUGGUGCUGAUCAUACCUUCCUUAGAAAUUGAUCAGUUUCACGUUGUGAUUCAAGAAAUGGCUCUAGGGCCAACAUUAAUAUUUUAACAGACUUUUAGCAAAACAAGACUACAGAACAGACUGAAUGUGAAUGGCAUGUUUUUGUUUCCACAUCUUCUUUAGUAACUUGAAAAGGGAAAUAUUUUGGUGGUACAAAAUUAUUUCUUUCUUUUCCCUCAAAAUUGAGUAAUUACAUUUUUUUUUGUUUCUUUCAAACUAUUUUUAGGUAGAAAGUGAAAGGUACUGUUGUCUUUAUUUGUAAAAUAUAUUGACCCCUUCAUAACCAUUAGAUUUUAUGUUGGUCCAGCCAUGUAGUUUAAUUGGACUUGUACAAAGUUUAGAGAAAUAUUAUUCCAAAUGUAUAUCUUAUUCAUAAUUUUAGAGGUUCACAUAGAGUUGUUGUAAUACAUGAAAACAGUUUUUAAUUUUUCCUCUAAGUCUCAAGGUCAAGUAGGUUUGGUGUUAUUUUAAUUUUUCUCCUUUCAUCAUGUGAAUGGACUUCAGUCAAAUAAAGUGGCAUCUUAUACUUUAUUAAAUUAAAUAAUUCAGUGAUUGAAAUAUUCAGUUAUUACAAAUGCCAGUGCAUGCGUAUCAGUAUUCAAUAUAGUACAUGUAUUUCAAAACUGAUGUCAGUAGUAACUAUCUUAACCAUUAAUUAUCUGAUUGAAUCACUUAAAGUCGGAGCCGGUUUAGGGACAAAAACAAAAUUACAGUUCUCCUUUGUUGUGAAAAGAAAACGUUCAAACUUGUUUUUUCAUCCUCAUGUUUCAUAAAAUUAAAAUGGUUCAAUAUCAGACUGGACAUAACUCUGAAUUAGGCUUUUCAGUAUCAUAAGUUUAGUGCAUAAUUCAUUCUAGUACUUUUGGAAGCACUUUUUUGAUGUAAAAAAUUAGGUAAAAGCUUUCAGCUUGAUGAAAAUGUUUUACCAGAACAGUAAGCCUUAUGCCAGAGGUUUAGCCAGUUAUGUAUCUUGGAUGUAUGUAUUAUUUGUGGUAGGUGUAAUUAAAAUUUUAUAAUUUGUCACAACCUUGUAUUUGUCAAAAUCUUGGCUGAACAACAUUCGUUUUAUAUAUAUUCUAUAUCCUUUCAGUUUUUAUGUCACGAUAAAGGAUUAGAAAACCUUUCUUGUAAUAUCUGCAGGGUUAUAGCUUUUAUUGUAUAUUGCACCAGUUAAUACUAUUGAUGUACUUGAACUUUGGAAGAAGAAACGUGAACUUUUGAGUUUACUUUUAAAUACCAACAAUCAAAUCCAGGUUUUAAAUUAUACUUAUGACCCAUUAAUUAGCUUUCUUUUGUUGUUGUUUUAUUUUUUGACAAAAAAUACUUAUGACACAUAAGUGUUCUGUAGAAACAAACAAGCUGGUUUGGUGUGAAAAUAUUAAAUAUUUAUCACCGAACUUUGAAUCCAUCAUGUACAGAUGAUAUUACAAUACAAUACGUAAUAAAACAAUUUAAAUUGGUGAAUAAAUAGUAUAAUUAUUGUGAGAUUGUUAUAAAAAAGGAAUUGCACCAUCCUUUCAAGUUAUAGUAAUUGUCCAUAUGGAUGGAAAUGGUGGAACUGUCACCUAAGCAUUUUGGUCAGGGAUUAAAAUACUUAUGCCUUUUCACAAAGAACUUUUAAUAAUUAGUUUUGGAAACUUCAAGUUAAACUGUCUCUCAACUUCAUGUGUUUUUAGAAAGUUAAACAUGGGGUGUAGCACACAAAUGUAUAUAUACAUAAUUUUGCAAUUAAUAAAACUUCCGUUUAAAAAUAAAUAACAAUUGAAAGGAUUUGUGAGUGAUGUAAAUCAAUUAACAUAUCCUCCCAUGGAAUAAUGUCGCGAAUGGGUUUGAUAAAUUACAUACUUCAUGUAUGUAAACUGUAGACGAAUUUUCUAAGCAAGGAAGAUGUCUACAAAACUUACAGUUUCAUGAAAACCUUCUAUGGAAAAAAAAACUUUUUAUUUGAGAGUUUUUCAGUCGUUAAGACAUAAGGCAGAUACAGGGUGUAAUAAAGAGAUUAAGGAAAGCAGGAUUUGUAUUCCACAUGGAUUAAGUAAGUUUGUUUUGUUGAAUGCCAGUGUACUAAUAACCUCAUGUUGGAUAGUUUUAUUCUAUACUUUGCUAUUUAAUGUGAAACUCAGUCUGCACUAGUUAUGAGUCUGGUAUAAUAGCUUGAAUUGAAUCUUGUGAUCUUAUCUUUCUCAGUGUUUAAGGAAGUAUUAUUUUGUGUGUGCUAUUAGUUAGUGUUCUCUUGAUAGGGAAUCAGGAUUUAAUACUUGGGGUAUUCAGGAGUGUGCUGGGGAUUUUUUAACAACCGGUUCUGAUUAAGGUCAAAAUUUAGAUAAGGGUAAAAGGGUGUGAGCCAUAAAGCUAAAUAUUUGUUAAAAAUCAACAAACAGUUCGGUGAUUCAAUCAAAAUAUAACAUCCGGGUUCAGGCGACUGGACCGAACCAGCCCCAGCACAAUUCUGGGGGUAUUCAGAAAGUAAGCAGUUUCCAUUUGACUUGCUUAUGAUAUACAAUUGCAAGAGGGGGGACAUUUGUGUGUGUGUGUAAGUACUUAAGAGAAAGUUGUCAGUAAUGUUUGGCUUUACACAGGAGGAAGGCUAUGACUGAAGUUGGCAUUAGCUAGCAUGCAGCUUUAGAUGUAUUGUAUGGCAUAACAUUAUACAAAUAUUGUUAAAAAACUUUUAUUUAUGUUUAAAAUUCAUUCUUCCAAAUCAAAACAUCUAAGAGAUCAGAUCCUCUCCUAAUUUAUUUUGUUCUAUUAGAUUUUUUUUUGCCUUACAAAGAUUAUUUAAUUGCUACAGCUUAUCAACUUUUACUGUACAUUUGUAAAAUGAUGCUGUGGGAUAGACAGUCUCAGCUAAAUUAUUACUGGAUGAUUAUUUAAAGGACCAACACAGACUAUCAUUUAAAUGUUAUAAUAUUGUAAUGGAAAAAUUUAGAAAUCAGUAUGUAGGAUCAUAUUUUUCAAGUGUAUUUCUGAUAAAGAAUAAAUUUAAAACUUAUUCUUGUAAAUAAA